AUGCCAUUGAUAUUGGCUAAAAUGUUGAUUGUUACCUAUUGUUUCAUAAUAUUUUUUAUAAAAGCGACAAUUGGUGUUAAAACAUCUAAACAUUUAAAUUAUUCUCCAGAUGUUGUUUUUAUAAUCAUUGACGAUAUGCGAUUGUUACCGGAAUCGGAUAUAAAACUUCAUAAUAUUCAAAACUUGGCGGGAAGGAGUAUUCAUUUUCAAAACGCUUUUGCUCAGCAAGCAUUGUGUGCACCAAGUAGAAACUCGUUGUUAACGGGGCGUAGGCCUGAUUCGCUACGCUUAUAUGACUUUUACAGUUAUUGGCGUGACGAGGUAGCAAAUUUUUCGACAAUACCCCAAAUUUUCAAACAAAAGGGAUAUGAGACAUACUCUGUUGGUAAAGUAUUUCACCCUGGUCGAAGUUCUAAUUUUACGGACGAUUUCCCAUAUAGUUGGUCAGUAACACCAUAUCAUGCGCCGAGCGAAAAAUAUAAAGAUGCUACCGUAUGUAAGGAUAAUAUAACAAACGAAUUUCAAGACAACCUUAUAUGUCCCGUUGUUGUUAAUGAGCAGCCGGACAAAACUCUUCCAGACAUUGAAAUAUUAAACCAUGCUAUUGAUGUAUUAAAAACAAGAAAUAAGACAAACCCAAUCUUUUUAGCCGUAGGCUUUCAUAAGCCGCACAUUCCGUUAAAGUUUCCUAUGGAUUAUUUAGCUAGAGUACCACUAGAAUAUAUAUCGCCACCUUCAUUUCCAAAUAUACCAAAGAACAUGCCUGAGGUAGCAUGGCAGCCUUGGACCGAUGUCCGUCGUAGAGACGACAUCAAGAGGCUAAACAUACAAUUUCCUUAUGGAACUAUGCCUUCAAACUGGACCUUGAAAAUUAAACAAAGCUAUGUCGCUGCUUCGUUAUAUGUAGAUGACUUAAUUGGGAAACUAUUGCACCACAUUGAUAUGAGGAAAACUAUCGUAGUUUUAACUAGCGAUCAUGGGUGGUCCCUCGGAGAGAAUGGUUUAUGGGCGAAGUAUAGCAAUUUUGACGUUGCUCUAAAAGUACCACUUAUGUUCUACCACCCCGAUCUUCACCCAAAAACAAUCAAGAGUCCUGUAGAAUUAAUUGACAUAUUCCCAACAAUAAUACACCUGGCUGGCCUUAAAUCAUGUAUAAAAAAAUGCAUAACCCCUUCCGAAAUAAAAUGUUAUGAGGGCACAAACCUUAUUCCAGUAAUUUCAAAUAAAAAUAAAUUUUCAAUAAGUCAGUAUCCGAGGCCUAGUGUGAAACCUCAAAGAAAUUCCGACAAACCACGCUUAAAGGAUAUAAAAAUAAUGGGUUAUAGUUUGCGAACAAAGAGAUAUAGGUACACAGAAUGGCUGUCGUUUAAUACGAAAAACGAAACAUUUGGAAAUGAAUUAUAUGACCACAUAAGCGAUCCAUAUGAAUCAAACAACGUUUAUGUGAAACUAAAAUAUAAACAUGUUAAAUAUAAAUUAUCUAAAUUACUUAGAGGUGCAAUAACAACAUAGAUAAUAUAUUAAAUCACGUUUAAGAAUUUGUGGCGUUAGCAGAACAUAUGACCGCCUUACUGGUAUAUUAUUAUUAUUAUCAUGUAGGA